AAUAGAUUCGAUUACUAUUUUAAGAUUCAACUUUUUAAGAGGAUAUAGGAUAAAUUAAUCCUUAAAACAUCGAAUCAAAGAGUGUGAAUAGAAUAAAAAGAACAUGAGGGAAUGUGGAAAAGGGGUGCGAAGAUAAAGGGAUGCGAGCUCUUUAAAAAAAAUAGCAAGACGUGAAAUGAACCGAAAUGUUCUCAAUUAGCGAUACUUCGCGGAUCGUCUUGAUUAUUGUUGCCGUGAUACGUGGCAGUUUUUUGUUUCGAAGAGAGCUUGCUUUCGAGAAGAGCGAGACGAGACGAGACGACACGGACGAAACGCGAAACGUUCGAAACAUCUUCGAUUCGAUUCCGAGCAUUUCCCAACAGGAAAACAACCGCGACGAAAGAUGUUCGAGGAACAUUGCGUCCUGCAGUCGAUGCGAUUCCCGCAGAAGCUCUGGCGGAUAGUGAAUGAGUGCCAGACCGGGGCGAUUCGGUGGAGCGCGAAUGGCGAUACCGUGCUCCUCGAUUACAAGAAAUUCCAGACCGAGUACUUGGACGCGCGCCGGCCCAUCUUCAAGACGAGCAACAUCACCAGCUUCAUCCGUCAGCUGAAUCUUUACGGUUUCCGCAAGGUGACCUCCCACAACCGCGAUCCGGUCUGCAAUUCCUACAACCCGCACGUGCACGAGUUUCUGCACGAAAAUUUUCGCGCCGAUCGGACAGACCUGUUGUUCAAGGUGUGUCGAAAGACCGGUGGCAAAAGCAAAUGUUUGCAGCAGGAGAUUACGAGAAGCGCGGAGGAAGGUCCACGAUUGCAGACGAAUUGCGUAUCUCGUUUAAAACUGUGUCAGUUGGCUUUGACUAAGACUCUAGAACAAAUUACUCAAGAAUAUCGACAAAAACAUGAAAAAAAGUCAAUUAUAGCAAAGAAAGAGGAUAAUAUCUUGAAAAGAAUCAGAAAUUCUAGAGAUACAGCUUCUCUUUUAUACGAAAUUGAAUUCAAUGGUGUUGCAAACCGAAAAUCUAUCACAGAACAGAAUGCAAAAUAUUCUACAUGUCUUCCUUCAAAGAUCAAUUCAUCUAAAGACAAAAUAAUGUCAUUACCUUGGCAUAUUAAUUUGACAGAUAAAUGCAAUUUGCAUUUUAAUGCUCCAAACGUUCAUUAA